AAAAAAAAAGAAAAACCGUAAAGCUUGUGAGAAUUACAGCCUAAGGGCAGCCUGCAGGGAAGACUGAGGACCUGAGAAAGCAGAAGCUUUGUUCCAAGGGAGACUCCUUUCUCAGCACUAGCUGGUGAUGGACUACUCGGCAGCCCCCCGGGGCCGGUUCGGCAUCCCCUGCUGCCCUGUGAACCUCAAACGCCUUCUCAUCCUGGUCGUGGUGAUAGUCCUUGUGGUCGUGGUGAUUGUAGGGGCCCUGCUAAUGGGUCUUCACAUGAGCCAGAAACACACUGAGAUGGUCCUAGAGAUGAGCAUUGGGGGGCCAGAAUCCCAGAAAAACCUGGCCCUUCGGGAGCGUGUGGGCACCACUGCCACCUUCUCCAUUGGCUCCACUGGCAUCGUAGUGUACGACUACCGGCGGCUCCUGAUUGCCUAUAAGCCAGCCCCAGGAACCUGUUGCUACAUCAUGAAGAUGGCUCCGGAGACCAUCCCAAGUCUUGAGGCUCUCACUAGAAAGUUCCAGAACUUCCAGAUCAAGCCUGCCGUGUCUACCUCUAAACUGGGCCAGGAGGAGGGCCAUGAUGUUGGCUUAGCAUCCCCUGGGGACCUGGACUUCCUGGGCACCACAGUGAGCACCCUGUGUGGCGAAGUGCCCCUCUACUACAUCUAGGACCCCUCAGGGCCUGUCGAAGCCCCAAGUGAAGAGGAAAGAUCCACCCGCUAAGGGUCUUUGCAGAGAGGCAGGAAGCUGCUCUACCCACACCACAGGGACUGGAGCUGGAGAAAUGGGAGCUGUGGGGAGAGGAGGGAGCGGGCAGA